UAUCACAAUGGAACAUUGCUGGACAAACAUAAACUCAAGUAUGACAAAAGUUUAACUUUAAGAAACAUUAAAACCACGCAUGCAGGGAUAUAUCAAUGCAAAACAAGCAAUGGAGUGGGGGUUAUCAGGUCUUCUGUAGCCCAUCUGAAAGUCAUAAGUAAAAGUGAAUCCCUCUGUAACAAGUCCCCAGAUGAGCAUUUGAUCAAGCUACCAAUGGAUUGUUUUCAAAAUAAAACUGGCUCUUAUUACUACAAUGUUGGCAAGUGUCCUAACACGCAAUGUGUGGACCACCUAAGUUCAGAUCUCCAGUGUAAAGAUAAAAUAAACUAUUGCUGUGGGGUCAAACAAAUGAAGCUACAAGAGGUAAAGUGUCCAGGAUAUAUUCUCCCUCUUAUGGUUAUUGUAGAAUGUGGCUGUGCUGAGUGCUCCCGACGUAAAGUGAUGGUUCGUGGACGAGUGACUGCAUAUGACACUGGGGAACCACUUCGGUUUGGACAAAUCUUUUUGAGUGGAGAAAACAUGGGAUUUACUGGCUACAAGGGGGAAUUCACUCUGGAAGUUCCAGAGGGAACUAAAAGAUUGGUGGUUACAUUUACGGAUCGUCAGGAAAAGUUUGUUGAGACUAUAAAAGUUAUUCCAUUUGAUCCAAAAGGAAAUACUGUGUAUCAAGAUGUAAAAGUAAUGAGAAAAAAAGACCCAACUUAUCUGAAUCCUAACAAGACCAAUAUAAUUUCUCUUGGAGAUUUACUUGGUGAGGACCCCAUUGGUGAGAUUAUAAUACCGCCAAAUUCUUUCAGUAGGACUUCUGGAGAAUCCUACAAUAGUACCGUUAAGGCCCGUUUAACCUUCUUGGACCCUAGAAACAUCAGCUCUGUCACUGCUGCUUCAAGUGAUUUAAAUUUUGUCAGCAGAGAUGGAGAUAUUUCUCCUCUCAGGACCUAUGGAAUGUUUCAUUUGGACUUCAGGGAGGACAGUACAAAUUCCCUGCUUCAAACUGGUAAAGUGGAGGUGAGAGUGGACGUAGAACAAAUUAAGAUGCCUCAACAUGUCAAAGAAAUGAAACUCUGGUCUUUAAAUCCACAGACUGGUCUCUGGGAAGAAGAAAGCCAUUUUAGAUUGGCAAGUGAGGAUAAAAGGAGAAGAAGGGAAGAGAGGUCUUUUUUAAUUGGACAAUUGGAAAUACGGGAGAGAAGGCUUUUUAAUUUGGAUGUGCCAGAAUUUAGGAGAUGUUUUGUCAAGGUACGGGCCUUCAUGAAUGAUAAAUUUAUGCCUAAUGAACAGCUAAAAGGAAUAGUUGUAACACUAAUAAAUCUAGAACCUAUGCCAGGAUUUUCAUCAAACCCUAGAGCAUGGGGUAGGUUUGACAGUGUGGUAACAGGGAAAAAUGGAGCAUGCCUCCCUGCAUUCUGUGAUGCUGUCCAGCCAGAUGCCUAUUCUGCCUAUGUCAGUGCUACAAUGGGUGGUGAAGAGCUUGAAGCUGUCCCAUCUUCUCCCAAACUAAACCCCAAUGUAGUUGGAGUGACCCAGCCUUAUUUAUCUAAGCUAAAUUAUCAACGAACUGACCAUGAAGAUUCUGCUGGUAAAAAGACAGCUUUUAAAAUUAACCUGGCCAAGCCAAACCCAAACACUUUUGCAGAAAACCGUGGCCCCAUUUAUGCCUACAGAAACUUACGAGCUUGUGAGCAGGCUUCUAUCUCAGACAAUCACUUUCGUUUUUUUAGAGUAGAAGAAGAUAAAUAUGAAUAUAAUGUUUUACCCUUUGAUGAGACAGACUUGUCUUCAUGGAUAGGUAGCUACCUGUCCUGGUGGCCAAAUCCACAAGAAUUUCGUGCCUGUUACAUAAAGAUUGGAAUACAGGGACCACAGGAUUAUAUGGUUAGAACACGAAAUAUUGGAGGGACUCAUACCCAUACAGUAGGUCAGCUAUAUGGACUUAGAGACACCCGGAGUGUAAGGGACCUGGAAGUGGAAGGUAGUUCAGCAGCCUGUCUAGAAUUCAAAUGUAGUGGAAUGCUAUUUGAUCAAAAUUUAGUAGACCGAACAUUGGUCAUUGUAACACCUCAAGGAAGCUGUCAUGUGACAAAGGUCAACAGACUUCUAGAAGAAUAUCUCAGUCGUCAUCCACCACUUGCACUAGGAAACAAUACUGAAACAUUUAAUAUGUUGGCUCCAGCUGACCCACUAGGGCACAACUAUGGAAUUUACACAGUUACUGAUCAAAACCCACGACUAGCAAAAGAAAUUGCUAUUGGCAGAUGUUUUGAUGGUACCUCUGAUGGAUUCUCAAGGGAGAUGAAAUCCCAAGUGGGUAUUGCUGUUAAUUUUCGUUGCCAGGAGAAACCAAUCACACGAGAAAGCUUCUUCCAGCGCUUGCUUAACAAUCCCAGUGAAACACUCCGUGAGAUCCGCCAAAGCAUGCAAGAAAAUGAACAAAGAGGGACACCUGCACGUGUUAUGCCUUAUCCUGUUCUUCGAUCUCCAUCUUCUAGCCAAUCCAGGAAGCCUUCUGCCACUCAGAGAAGAUAG